AUGACCCAGAUUCAUGUAUGCCCAGAUUUAUUUAGGCCCAGAUUUCUAGGCAAUUCCCAGAUUCAGGUAGGUACAGAUUUCUUGGUAAUUCCUAGAUUCAGGCAGGCCCAGAUUUCUAGGAGAUUCCCAGAUUCAGGAACGGCCCAGAUUCAUGUAUGCCCAGAUUCAGGUAAGCCCAGAUUUCUUGUUAAUUCCCAGAUUCAGGAAUGGCCCAGAUUCAUGUAUGCCCAGAAUUAUUUAGGCCCAGAUUUCUAG